AGUCAUAGUUGAAGUCUACAUGCUAUGUGCAAUUGGAGUUCGUGACAUAUGGUAUGAAUAAAAAUUUAUUAGUUAUAUUAGAAACUAUCGAAAUAAAUCUUUAAUAAAUCUGGUAUUUUCAUAAUAAAAAUAACCGCGCUGUUUCAAAUUACAAUUAAAAGGUUUUUUUAACAUGAAUACUUAUAUAUUUAUAUAUCAGGCUAAUUAGUUCUAAACACCGAAAAAACUUAUUCUUGAGUUACAUAUCCAACAAGAAGGUAUGUUGUAAAAGUUUAUAUUUCAUUCAAUUUUAUUAUUGUUUAUUCAAAAUUAAUUUAUUUCUUAGAAAGGGUUAAGUGAACCUCUGAGAAAAAAUGGGUAGUCAACCAACGAAAACCGUUAAAUUUGUUGAAUCAAACAGUGAAAAAGGACAACAAAUAUUGAGAAAAUAUUCUGAUAUUUUACCACCUGCUACCCAACCUCAGGUAACAACUCUUCAAAGAAAUACUUUAGAUCAUAGCGCAAUUGCUGAAUGUUCACAACACCGAGAACAACCGUUACCACUUCCUAAACCUUGUAGAAAAAAGAAAAAUGAAAUAUUCCAAGGGGAAAAGUUUUCUGAAAUCGACAAACUCUCGAGAGAGUUUGAUAUAAUGAAGAUGAACGAUUGGGAUGAAUUUAAUACAUAUAUGAAAUCUAUUUCAAACACUGAAUUAGAACUUGUUAGGGCCUUAUUUUCCUGGAUAGCUUCUAUAGAUUUCUCAAACUUGGAGAACAAAGUUGAAGAUUUGCCAGAGGGUGGAACGCCCUUAGACUACAUGUUAAAAAUACAAUGGAACAUGGGAAAUCAUGCUUACUUUCUUGCUAUGUGCUGCAGAAUGAAUAGCGGUGGUAAACAUUUACAGCAACUAAAUGGGGUUAAGGGUAAGGGAAUAGCCAGAAGAAGAGUAAAGCUGCUACUGCAUAUUUUUGUAAGAGAGAGAGAAGGAGAGAGAGAGAAAGAGGAAGCUCUGAACAUCUCAUGUAAAAUAAUUAAUGGAAUAAACAAGAGCGCGGCUUACCAGUUGGAGGAUAUGCCUAUCAAUCGCAGACUUCUGACGGCCCAAUGGAACGCGGUUCUUAUCAACGAUGAAUGGCGUCUAAUCGACAUUCUUUGGGCGUCUACUUGUGUCAUUGGAAAGACGAAUAAGUCGUGGACAUUAAUUAAGGAAAAUGAGGAUAACGAAAUUGAUGAAGAGGAGGCAGACAAAGAACCGGAAACCUUUCAUAGGGUCAAUGAAUUUUUCUUUAUAACUGAUCCCGAAAAAUUAGUAUAUACUCAUCUUCCCGACAUUCCACAAUGGCAACUGCUGAGCAAGCCAAUCACAGAAACUCAAUUCGCCGAAACAUUCUACGUUAGAGAAAGAUAUUUCGAGCUAAAUAUGACAAAUGAAACAACAAAUAGGGUUAUAAGAUCAAAAACAGGGGAUAUUAAUAUAACCUUCUAUGUGGAGGAUAGUGACCAUGCGGAGAAGAACAUUAAUUUCAAGUUCCUUCUCUAUCGCAAAGCUGAUGAUAACGAAAAUGACGAAUUUCAGAAUCUUGAAAAUUUUAUUUUUUAUAGUAAAGUAAAGAACAAAAGAAUAUUUCAAAUAAAGUUUCCAAUAAAAGGAACUUUCAAGCUGGACAUUUUCGGUACUGAUAAAUCUCGGCACGAAGGAUACGACUUAGCAUGCAGUUAUUUGAUUAUUAAUGACAAACCUCUUAAGGUCGAACCUCUUCCGGAUAUUCCGGAAAUUGGCUGGGGAAUAGGAAUUGAAGCGAAAGAAAAAGGGAUUGAAGCGAAGAGCCACCAAUCUCCUAUUAUAGAAACGUCCGACGGAAAGGUAGAAUUAAGAUUUAAUUUGGCUAAAUCGUUAUCUGUACUUCAAAAUCUGAGGUCAAAUUCCCUGGACGAAUUGCUACUUUCAAAACAUACACUUUUAAGAACUGAAGGAGAUGAAAUGAUUGUUAGUUUGAGAUUACCUACAGGAGGAGAUUAUGCUCUAAAACUUUUCGCAGAUGGAGAAGGAUCAGAAGGAGACUUACCAAACGUGUGUAAUUAUCUUAUUAAAUGUUUGAAAGCAGAUGAAGAAUGUGAAGCUUUCCCUAAAAUGCACGAAGGUGCCGUUGGUAAAUCUCAUCUAGCUUCUAAGCUUGGUGUAGUCGCCCUAGACAAUUCGCCUAUUGUUAAACCAACCGAUGGUAAGCUGUCUGUAGACUUUCAAGUAAAUGACGAAGAACUUGAAAUUUUUGCUGAAUUAACUUCAAAUAACUAUCAACCAGGAGAUUUGUUUAACUUGAUAGAUAAGAGAAUAGAUAAUUCAGGCAAAAUUACCACGUUCGACAUUGAUCUACCUGGAAAAGGAGAGUUUGCUUUGAAUGUUUUUGCAAAGAAAAAGAGUACUGGUAACAAACUCUAUCAUAUCCAUACCUACCUUAUUGACAACGAGAGUAGCAAAGGUUCUUUGCCAUUAAAUCAGAGUAUACCCAUAUUCUCAAGCGAAAUUUUCAAAGACACUUUAGACAUUUGUCUUCCUGCUAAUAGGGUUCCUGUAUAUGCGGAAUUUCAGAGAAAAAACGCUCAAGGAUUUGACAAUGAAAACUUUUCUGUUCAGUUAAAUGGAAAAAAUAAUUUAUUCCAUUUAGAAUUUCCAGAAAAUGGAGAAUAUAAAAUGGAUGUUUACAAAGGCGACGGAAUUAAACGUCUUCAACAAAUCUGUACUUAUCAGUUUUGGAAACGCGAUCCAUAUCCGGAUGAACUUAAUCCGAUACAGGAAGCUGAAGAAGGCGAAACUAGUGAAAAAGAAACAGAAAAAGUCCUACCUGGUGUAUAUGAAAGUAAAAAACAGGUAAUUGAAUCAAAAGAGCCUAAAGGAAAUGAAGAAGAAGAAUCAACAGAGAAUAAAACAGAAGUGGCCGAGAAAACAGAAGAACAAAAAGCAUUAGAAGAAGAACAGAGGAAAAGAAUGGAACAAAUAAAAGCUAUAGAAAGAGAACAUGCUAAGUGGCGUGAACUGUUGAAACAAGCUAUGAAUAAGGAAGAUCCUCAUCAAAUUUCUACAGCAAUGAAGAAUUUUCGCCAACAUAAAGUUACUGAUAAAUUAGGUUUAUUGAACAAAGCACAGCAGCUUUUUGAUUAUUUAACAAUAACUGAAGAAUUGUCCUAUGCAAUGGGUAAAAGAGAUUUAUCGAAGUUGAAAUUAAUUAUUAAAAAGGCUCAAGGGUCUUCCGUAUCAAAAAAAUUAAACCUUCAAAUUAAAAUGGCACAAAGAAUUGAAGGUCAACUAGAAAAAUUAGAAAAGCUAAGGCACGCCGUAAUGACUUUAAAUCAAAAGACAAUAGCCGAAUUAAAGAGUUAUAAUUCUCCUCCUGAGCCAGCUCAUUUAUCAAUGAUUGCUACUUUCCUAUUACUAGGUGAAAAGGAGAGUAUCCUUAAGAAAUGGGGAAAUAUCGUCGCAUUAAUGGGAAAAACUGGAAAGCUAUCUUUAAAACGAAGGGUUCAAGAGGCGAAUGUUGAGAAUUUUUCCUAUCCAGACUGUAGAAGGGCUAGAGAUUACAUAAAAAAUCUGGAAUUAAAUCAAGUUAGAGACGUGAGCAGUGCAGCGGCAACGUUUUUUGUUUGGAGUAAAGGAAUGAUUGAAGAGGCUGAAAGUCGUUCUGAACAAUCUGGUAACGAUUUCAGUCGAACUACAUCUUCAAUGGGAGUUAAAAGAUGA